AUGGUCUCUGAAUUCUCAAAGUAUCUUUCUGUUAACCCUAAUCUUAACAUUUCUCAAGAAAACAGAUCAAGAACUAUCGCCACUAGUUCUUCAAGCCAUUGGUCUCAUAAAAAAAACAAUGUCAAAAUCAAUAUCAUUCGACAUUCUCUUCAGCAUAUUCAUUUUUUUACCCGUCAAAUCUCUCCUGCGCUUCAGAUGUUUGUCCAAAUCAUUCCAUUCCGUAAUCGACAGCCCGAAAUUCAUCAAUUUCCAUCUGAAUCUCCCCUCUCAAACCAAUCAGAAUCGCAAGCUCGUUCUCGGCGAUUGGCACCUCGAGGGCUCAAGCCUUUAGUAAAAACUCCUGACAAUUUCAUCCCUGUAAAUCCUGACGGCGUGUUCGGAUCUUGUAAUGGUGUCGUUGCCAUGUAUAACAAAGAAGGAAUCACUCUGUUGAAUCCGUCGACUAACAGGUUCAAAUCUUUUCCUCUCUGGAUCGUCGAUAUCCUGUAUAAUGGAUUCGGGUACGAUCCAAUUUCUGAUGACUAUAAGGUGGUUAUGGUCACUAAACUAUUUUCUGAAGAAUUUUUAAGAGUUAUGAUAUAUAGUGUGAAAAACAAUUCAUUGAGAAGGAUUCAGGAUCUUCACAGUCCUGAACCUAAUUGGUACCGCUACAAUUACGAGUAUUCCGGUAUUCUUGUCGGUUCCUUCUUGCAUUGGGUAGCAAGCCCUCGUUAUGACGAAUGUUGUAGUGACGGAUCUGUAUUUUAUAAUUUCAUUCUUGCAUUUGAUCUUCGCGAUGAAACGUUUCGCGAGGUACCAUUGCCCUUGCCGCUUCCACGGGAUACAAGAGACGGAGACAGUAAAGAGUUGAAUAUGGUAUCAGAACUCGGAGGAUGCCUUAGUCUGAGCUAUUGUUUUCGGGGUUAUGUGGAAAUUUGGAUUAUGAAGGAAUAUGGAAUAGAAGAUUCUUGGACUAAAUUGCUUUCUUGUCAUGAAAAUCUUAAUUAUAGUUCUGGAUUGAAACCCUUAUGCUACUCAAAAGAAGAUGAUAAAGUUUUGAUGGACUAUGAUAAAGGGAAAGAGCUCAUUUUGUAUGAUCUAACGAAUCAAACUUCCGACAUAAUCAAUAUUUCUGAAUCCUCCAAAUUUAAUAAAAAGACGUACGGUGUGUGUAAGUCUGGAGUCGUGUGCGCAACGACCUUAACGUUUCCUAAUGUUAAUGGUGGAUCUAGCAAUAUUUGCAAGAAAUUGCCAAGGAAGAAGAACAACAAGAAAGUUUGA